GUAAUGCAAUUAACUUGUGCCUCAAGAUCGAGUAAUUAAUUAAGUUACAAAGACGACGACAACAACAAUUUAUAACGAUGACAACGACGAAACCAGUGAUGGUUGUGGGAAUCGACGAGAGUGAGCAGAGUUUUUUUGCACUAGAAUGGACAUUGGAUCACUUCAUAGUACCAUCAGCUGCACCAAAUCCUCCUUUCAAGCUAAUCAUUGUUAAUUCUAAGCCUACAUCUGGUGCUUCUAUGGGCUUCUCCAUUCCUGGCGUGUUGGAUAUUUUGACACACGUGGAUCAAGAUUUGAAGAACAUUGCUGAGCGUGUUGUUGAAAAGGCAAAGGAGCUUUGCAUUUCUAAAUCGGUAAAUGAUGUAACCAUAGAGAUUGUGGAAGGUGAUGCUAGAAAUGUUUUAUGUGAUGCUGUUGAGAGGCACCAUGCCACCAUGCUAGCUGUUGGUAGCCAUGGUUAUGGAUCAGUUAAAAGGGCACUUUUGGGAAGUGUAAGUGAUUAUGUAACCCAUCAUGCUCACUGCACCGUGAUGGUAGUCAAGAAGCCAAAGGGCAAUAAUCACGAAGGCUAGCUUCCAUGAUUUACAAGAUCGAUUUCUCCACUCGAUCGAUCUCAUGGUGGUUGAUUGCAAUCAAUGUUUAACUUUCUGUUGAAACCAUUAUUUGGUUUGAAAGACCAAUACUACAUAUUGUCUUAAUUAGUAGUAUGCUUGUUCAACUUCAUAUGUGUUUGUAGUUUCAUAAACACAUUCGUUUCUUGCAAUUGUAAUCUUUGUGUUUUAUUGUAAAAUAACAUAAAAUAAUGUUUUGGACAAGCAUGUAUCAUGUAUGCAAAGUCUUGAGUAUCUUAUAUUGAGAUUA